ACAGAAAGUGAACACAUAUUUAUUUACUUUUUAGCGGGGGAGGGAUGAAGUUGAAACAGCUGAUAUAUCCUAUUCUUUAAUUCCAUAAUGUUUAUUUGUUUCUUUGCUAUAAAGUGACUAUAAAACUAAUUCUUUACAAUGAUGAUUUUGUUAUCUAUUGUCGUGGCAUUUUACUGUGUGACAAAUGACAUUUUUAUCUAAAGAUUAACAAUAUUCACGUGACCAAUGGGUUCUAGACUAAGGGAAAAUCCCUCCCAUCUCUUUGAAUGUUUCUUUGAAAUCGUCAUUCCAAGUGAAAAUGAAAAAAAAGCAUGGAUACUUCAAAAAUAUCCUGAAGACUUUAACGAUCAGGAAGUGUUGAAGUCUGUUCCUGAAUUUUCUUGUCCCUGCAACUUCACAAAUGAAAACAUUCAGCACUUCUCCUUUGUUUUGACCAGCUUAGACAGCAAAUGGAGUUUUGGUUAUUGUAGAAGUGUUCCCAAAACUCCAACUUUGUUUGUUUUGCUCAGCUUUUUGCCUUGGCAUGAAACAUUCUACAAAAUUCUAAAUCAGAUUUCAAAUCUCACAAAUGAAAGGGAGUCUGGAUUGCUAUCCAACUUUUUGGAAUCUUUGUACAACUCUCCAGUACCUGAUCCAGGUCUUAAUUUACAUAUUUCAUAUAGUGAUAAAGAACUUAUUGUUUACUGCCCAAAUCAUUUAAAACUUCCCAGCAUUCCAGAAAAUAGAAACCUAACUGAGUAUUUUAAUGCCAUUGAUGCACACAACAUGAUGGUUAUAUUUGCCAGUAUGCUUCACGAACGUAGAAUAAUAAUUAAGUCAAAAAAUCUUUGUCGACUGAGUGCCUGUGUACAAGCAGCCAAUUCUCUUAUAUACCCAAUGCAUUGGCAGCAUAUCUUUAUUCCUGUUCUUCCAAAGCAUCUUAUUGACUACAUGAGUGCACCAAUGCCAUAUCUAAUAGGUGUACCACAUACAACUUACAUGGAAUUUAAGCAGAGUGAAUUAAAUGAAGUUGUUGUUCUUGAUGCUGAUUAUAACAGAGUCAAAACACCUUUUAAGGAUCUGGAAACUUUACCCCCUGAAAUAGUUUCUUCUUUGAAGAGAAGUUUGAAAAAUCCGAACAUGAUGCUCGGGGAUGGAGUUUCUAGAGCUUUCAUGAGAGCCUUAGUCAAAUUGAUUGGUGGUUACAGGGACUCUUUGAAGAUGGAGAUUGGCAAAAAGAUUACUUUUGAUGCGGAUGCAUUUAUCCAAACUCGCUCAUCAUCAGUUCAGCCUUUUCUUGAAACUAUGCUACAUUUGCAAAUCUUUCAACAGUUCAUUGAAAAUCGACUGGACAUGCUGAACUCAGGGAUUGGUUUUAGUGAUGAAUUUGAGUUUGAAGUUAAUUCUUAUGAAGUGAACUCAAAUAAUAAUCUUAAAAUGCAAUACAAGGAGUGGAUGGCUACAAUGAAAAAAGAGGGUGGAGCUUUUUUGAAGAAUGUUAAAAGUAAAACAAAUCCUGCAGUAAAGCAUGCUUAUAAAUCUGUGAAAGACAAGGGAAAACGAGCAUACAAGGAUAUUCGAUCCAAAAUUCAAGAUAUUCAAAAACAUCCUAGCCAACCUGAUUUGACUUUUGAUAGCUAUUUGGAGAAACCUAAAAGUGCUCCAUCGAGCCCUACUUCAAUUAGAGCAAAUCGAUUUCCAAAAGCCCGAAGUAAAAAUAAGCACAUCUCUUAUAACCAUGCUGAUCAACUAAAAUCUGGUGUACUGGAUGGUAUGAAUUUGGCUGAUGCUGUCACUGGUAUCCGUCGUUAUAAAAUGUUGACCGUGGAUGAAAUAUCUUUGCCAUCAGAAGAAUCACUUGAAGCUGGCAGAAAUAGUCCUGCAUUGCAAAAGAUUGAUCUAGACUUGAUGGAAGAUUUGCACGAUGUCAUCUAUCGCAGAUGUUCUGUUUCAAGUGAUAAUAUCAAUUCAUUUGGUCUCUUGGAUGAAACUAUUGAAGACAUAAAAUGUGAAGGAACUGUUGGAUUUGAUGAUUCAUUUUGUGUUACAUCCGAGUCUGUAUUGCCUGCUCCAAUACCUCCACCUCGAGUCAAGAAAAACGCUAAAAAUAACAAGGCUAAUACUGAAAUGAACCAUGAAACAUCUCAAAGUGCUUCAAAAACUUCAGCCGACCUCAUACAAUUGGAGUCAUUAGAUGAUGUCACUCUUUUCGAUCCAUUACAGGAGACUAAUGCCAACGAUAAAGAUCUUUUGUCUUUCUUGGCGCCAAAAUCCUCCUGUGACUCUAGGGUUAUGGAGUUGAAAAACACAAUUCAAAACUUAUCCACAAGCUCUGGAAACCAAGUGGUUAAUCAACCAGUUGGCUAUAUUCAAGUUCCUAGUUACUGUGCUCCAAGAGUUGCUCUACCACGCAUCGUAGUACCUCCCUUCCCGGCGCAAUCCCAGUAUCGUCAACAGGUCAUAAAUUUUGUGCCAGCUCAGGCUAAUUUACAAAUGAAUGGUGGCAGCAACUUUGAAAGCGCAGCAACUGAAGUGAAGCCACCGCUUCCACCGAAAAUGAAGUCCUCCUCAAAGUUUUUUGUAGAUGGUAGCAAUGUGUUGAGCGAUGCUGAAAGGAGUUUGUUGGACGAUUAUGGACUGAGUAAUUCACCUUUAUUCAAUAAAAGUGCAUCUUCAAGCACAGAGAAAACACAAAAGGUAAGCUCCAUUCUUGAUUCCAGCUUGAAAGCAUUAGACCCCCUUGCCAACGUACUGAAGAAGAGUCCGAAAACCAAACACAAAGAAAUUAAAGCGCAGCCUACAUGGCAAAAAUUUACUUGAAGUUGGUUUAUUAUGCAAUAAUUGAAAAGUGAUAUGUUAGUUGCUUUCUGCAUGAAGGAAUUAGACGUUUUUACAACUGUUCUGAAUAAAAGCCCAAAAACAAGAAGAAAUAUAAACUCGACUAACAUAGCAAAAAUUUACUUGAAAUUAAUUUGUUGUGCAAUAAUUGAAAGGAAGAGGCAAUAUUUAACUUGCCUUCAGGUUGAAAGAAUUGGGCCUUUUUUCCCCUGUUCUGAAUAGGAAUCCAACACGCAAAGAAAUAAAAAAAAACUCAGCUAGCAUGGCAAAAAUUUGCUUGAAGUUGAUUUUCUGUGCAAUAAUUCGAAAGGAGAGGGCAAUGUGUAAAUAUAUUUGAACUUGUAAAAAGAAAAUGUGCAUUGCUUGUAAAGUCAAAGUAUCUUUUUGGACGUUGCUGUAAAGCAGCGUCAUUUUCUCUUUGCUCAUUGAGAUUACAUUUGUAUGAUUGUUAAAUAAGCAAUCGAGGCAGGUUCGUACAACAACGGAUUUAUGUUCUCUACUAUGCAAGAAGUGUAUAUUAUGAGAUGUUUAUAUAUGUGGACUAGCACUUAUUUGUGUAAAUUUCUUUUUAUCUUAUGACA